CGAACGAAAAAAUCAACGAACCAAAUAUUAAUUUAUAUGUUUGAAUUGAUUUUUUUAUUGGCCACGUGACCGGGAUUGUUAGAUAUUAUAUUAUAUGUAUCAGAAAAAGAUAUCAAAUGUUACGUUAUGGUAUUUACUGAUUCUACACAUUCGGGUUUCUGGAUACACAGGAACCCCUAGGCUAAGAAAGGUGACACUUGAAGACAUCUUGGUUUUGACCAAUCAUACAGGACAAUUACAAGAUCAGACGAGUUCUAGAACAAACACACUGUUUGACGAUGCAGAUGAUAUUCAGAGGCAACUCGAUAACGAAGCUAGGGAUCGCCUUAAGUUUGGAAGACCAAAAACUAUUUGGGUCUUCCAUUUUCCAACGCAUUUUCCAGACCGCAACUCUAUAGAUGAAGAUGCUCCCGAAGACCAAAUAAGAUACCCACGAGAUUUGAUUCUAAGAAAAAAACCUCGAGAGGAGGAGACAGAAGAUGAAGCAACUGCCAAUGAUUUGAUGACACCACCGUUGCCACCAUUUCUAGAUUGGGAAUACAUUUCUCAAGGAAGAUGGGACAAAACAUUUCCAGAGUGCGGUGGGAAAUCCCAGUCUCCUGUAGACUUACCAAUAGCUGGUCUCAUAAAGGCAAGAGGUGCAAGGUCAUUGCUUUUUCAGAACUACGACGUGCAGGCACAGGAAUUGACUUUGAUGAACGAUGGUAAACGAGUAAUGCUCUUCGGUGAAUGGAAAAGCGCACAGCGUCCCCUAAUCUACGGCGGAGCUGCACAUAGUCGACGGUAUCUGUUCCACUCCCUCACGCUUCACCUGCCAGCAGAACAUACAGUAGGCGGCCUUCAGUACCCUGCAGAAACUCAAGCAUUCUAUGUAUCUGCUGAGUACAGGAAUCUAGAACAUGCCCUGGAUGCAUCUCCUAGCGAUCCACAAGCUUUCCUUGCAGUUGCUAAUUUGUAUAAGUAUUCAAACCACUCACACAAGGGCUUAGAAGAACUUCUACAAUUAUCUAAGUCAGUGCGUUACCGCAAUAUUUCUAUUAAAGCGAAAUCUCUCAGUUACUUCAACCCUCCAUUCAAAGACUAUGCUUGCUAUCAAGGGUCCCUGUCCACUCCACCAUGCACUGAGUCUGUCCUCUGGCUCGUUAGAGGAAGGACAUUGUCUGUUAUGAGAGAAUCGGUGGAAGAGAUCCUCCUAAAGACUCAGUCGUCACCACAACAAAUGUCCUUCCGUACUGUUCAACCGCUGAAUGACAGAAAGGUGUACCUUUUUAAAUGAAUGAGGGUGAAGUUUUCGGAAGAUUUCGGAUAUUGCUUUCUCAGAAACAAAAUAUGAAUUAUGUUCAGAAUGCAUAGUAACUAUGUUAAGGCGAACGUGCAGAUAGCUCGCCUGACGAGAGCUAUCGGACUCCUGCUGCGCAGAGCUGACCCAUUCGUGUUGGUGCUGCCUUCGAACUUCUGCAACACCGUGGAGUUAGUAGUCCAGCUGACCAAG